GGCUGGUAAAAGGCCGGAAGUUGCUGUCAGCGGUCCUUUCUUCAUCCGCCCGGCCAGCGAGGCGGGUAGAAGCCGGAGUCUCAGCGCCGAACAAUCCCCCGCCAUCCGGCAACAUGGUGAACUUCACGGUAGACCAGAUCCGUGCGAUCAUGGACAAAAAGUCCAACAUCCGUAACAUGUCUGUGAUUGCACAUGUUGACCACGGCAAAUCAACCCUCACUGACUCUCUGGUAUCGAAGGCUGGAAUCAUUGCCUCUGCUCGGGCUGGUGAAACCAGGUUCACUGACACACGCAAGGAUGAACAAGAAAGAUGUAUCACCAUUAAGUCUACUGCUAUCUCCUUGUAUUAUGAGCUCAAGGAACAAGAUUUGGCUUUCAUUAAACAGUGCAAGGAUGGCAGUGGCUUUCUUAUCAACCUGAUUGACUCACCUGGACAUGUUGACUUCUCCUCUGAAGUGACAGCUGCUCUGCGUGUGACUGAUGGUGCUCUGGUUGUGGUGGACUGUGUCUCUGGGGUUUGCGUGCAGACUGAAACCGUGCUCCGUCAGGCCAUUGCUGAACGUAUCAAGCCUGUGCUGAUGAUGAACAAAAUGGACCGAGCCUUGCUGGAGCUGCAGCUUGUCCCCGAGGAGCUCUACCAGACUUUCCAACGCAUUGUGGAAAACGUCAAUGUCAUCAUCUCCACCUAUGGUGAAGAUGAGGGUGGCCCCAUGGGCAACAUCAUGGUGGAUCCAGUUUUUGGAACAGUUGGUUUUGGUUCUGGACUUCAUGGAUGGGCCUUCACCCUAAAGCAGUUUGCAGAAAUGUAUGUUGCCAAAUUUUCUGCCAAGGGUGAGGCUGCCCUCUCUCCAGAUGAGCGUGCCAAGAAAGUAGAAGAUAUGAUGAAAAAACUGUGGGGUGACAGAUAUUUUGAUCCUGCUGCUGGUAAAUUUAGCAAGUCGGCCACCAAUGCCGAUGGCAAGAAGUUGCCCAGAACUUUCUGUCAACUUGUCUUGGAUCCCAUCUUCAAGGUCUUUGAUGCAAUUAUGAACUUCAAGAAGGAAGAGACUGAAAAAUUGAUUCAGAAGCUUGAUAUUAAACUGGACAAUGAAGAUAAGGCCAAAGAGGGGAAACCUCUGUUAAAAGCUGUGAUGCGUCGCUGGUUGCCUGCAGGAGAUGCUCUCCUGCAGAUGAUUACCAUUCACCUUCCAUCGCCUGUCACUGCUCAGAGAUACCGCUGUGACCUUCUGUAUGAGGGACCUCCUGAUGAUGAGGCUGCCAUGGGCAUCAAGAACUGUGAUGCAAAGGGCCCCUUGAUGAUGUACAUCUCCAAGAUGGUGCCCACAACUGACAAGGGUAGAUUCUAUGCCUUCGGCCGUGUCUUCUCUGGUAUCGUCUCUACUGGCCUCAAGGUCCGAAUCAUGGGCCCUAACUACACUCCAGGCAAGAAGGAAGACCUUUACCUGAAGCCUAUCCAAAGAACCAUUCUGAUGAUGGGCCGUUAUGUGGAGCCUAUUGAGGAUGUGCCUUGUGGAAACAUCGUGGGGCUUGUUGGUGUUGAUCAAUACCUCGUGAAGACCGGUACCAUUACCACUUAUGACCAAGCUCACAAUUUAAGAGUAAUGAAAUUCAGUGUCAGUCCUGUUGUGCGUGUUGCAGUUGAAGCCAAGAACCCAGCUGAUCUGCCCAAAUUGGUUGAAGGUUUGAAACGUCUUGCCAAGUCUGACCCAAUGGUGCAGUGUAUUAUUGAAGAAUCUGGAGAACACAUCAUUGCUGGUGCUGGUGAACUUCAUUUGGAAAUUUGCCUGAAAGAUCUUGAAGAAGACCAUGCUUGCAUUCCCAUCAAGAAAUCUGAUCCAGUUGUUUCUUACCGUGAGACGGUUGCUGAGGAAUCCAAUGUGAUGUGCUUGUCCAAGUCUCCCAACAAACACAACCGUCUGUAUAUGAAGGCACGGCCAUUAUCUGAGGGCUUACCAGAAGACAUAGAUAAGGGUGAAGUCACUGCCCGUCAAGAGCUCAAACAGCGAGCUAGGUAUCUCGCUGAGAAGUACGAGUGGGAUGUCACUGAGGCUCGUAAGAUCUGGUGCUUUGGACCUGAUGGCACUGGUCCCAAUAUCCUGGUUGAUGUGACUAAGGGAGUCCAGUAUCUAAAUGAAAUCAAGGACAGUGUCGUUGCUGGAUUUCAGUGGGCAACCAAAGAGGGUGUUCUGUGUGAUGAGAACAUGCGUGGGGUACGAUUUGAUAUUCAUGAUGUAACCCUACAUGCUGAUGCUAUCCACCGUGGUGGUGGUCAGAUCAUCCCCACUGCCAGGAGGUGUCUGUAUGCCUGCGUACUGACUGCCCAGCCUAGACUCAUGGAACCUGUCUAUCUGGUUGAGAUUCAGUGUCCUGAGCAGGUGGUUGGUGGUAUCUAUGGUGUACUGAACAGGAAACGUGGUCAUGUGUUUGAAGAAUCCCAUGUUGCUGGCACACCCAUGUUUGUUGUUAAGGCCUACCUCCCUGUAAAUGAAUCAUUUGGUUUCACUGCUGACCUGAGAUCCAACACCGGGGGCCAGGCAUUUCCACAAUGUGUCUUUGACCACUGGCAGAUCCUAACUGGUGAUCCCUUUGAAUCAACCAGUCGCCCAGCCCAGGUUGUGGCUGAAACACGCAAACGUAAAGGUUUGAAAGAAGGCAUUCCAGCUCUGGACAACUUCUUGGAUAAAUUGUAAAGUUCAACUGCACAUCAUUGGAAAUCUGACCAACACACCGUUGGAUGGCUUUGAACUAAUUAGUGAAGUUAACAUUGCCAGAUUAGCUAUGAUGGUGUAUUGUAUUGUACCCUUGCAAUGAGAUUCACUUUAAACAAAAAAAAUGGACAUCAUAAUGAUAUAAAUUAAAAGAAUGUUUACCUCGUA